AUGGACCGAGUGCUCCCAUCAACGUUGGGCCUCAAGGCGCAGCAUCGGCAGCUAAGCGUCGAUGAUCAGCAAAUCUAUCUGCGACUACUGAAAGAACAGUCGGUCAUGGCGGACGACGAGGCGGCCUGCAACGCCAGCGCCAGUAGCAGCAUGUUGUCCACGUACCUUUCGGCACUACCGUCAGUCGCGGGGCUUCAGGGCUGUAUCGCCACCAACAUCGCGCAGCUGUACCCGUCCAUCGCGGGGUCUGGGUCGCAGUGUAACCUCACGACGCUCAACUCGCUGGUGAACGGAGAUUCGGACGACUCUGUUGCCUUCAACGAGGUGCUGAACCUCUUACUUGCAGGCGUCGUGGGCUCCAGCGGCUCCGGGUCGGGGUCGGUGGACCUAGCGAGUGCCUUGUCCUCGUGGAGCGACGACAGCAGCACAUUGCAGGGCUUCUGCAACGUCAUGAACACUCAGGCGGGCCCCUGCGCUGACACCCUACUACCGGAGCUGAUUUCACUGCUGGAUAGCGAUGCACCGUGCUGCAGUGAGCUGAAUGGAUACCUCGAAGUGGCAAAACUCAUCGUCCCAACGGGGCAAACACUAGCGCAGACCCUCUCAAGUCUCAUCAACGGACUGCAUCAAACCAUGUGUACCACUACAAGUGCAGACGACCAGCUCUGCUCUGUGCCUCUAAGCUCCUACCUGUCUGGAGUCGUGACCAGCGACGAGUCUUCGCUGCUCGGAGCCAUCAUCUUCAAGGCAGGAGUGCCGCUGUACGCUGCAUCCGAGAGCGACGUUUGCUCGUCGCUGGAGACGAGCGAUCUCGCCAGCGGUCUGGGGAGUGGAGACAUUUCAUACUACGAGGCUUCCUGCUGCGCUUCGGGCCUUUCGACGUUCCUCCAGAGCGUCGAUGCGGUGGCGACGCACCUGUUUGGCAAUUCGAUGGCCGAGUUGUUCACUCUGAUCACGGGCCGACAGAAUGCCGCGUCCCAGUUUACUGCGCUGUAUUCCACCAUUUCAGACUGCAGUUUCGACUCCACUUGCACAGCGCCGUCCUUCGCGACUAGCUCAACCUCCACCGCCGGGUCCUCAUCCAGCACCACCGCCGUGAACAACAAAUCUCCAUCCCCAGAGAACGUCACGUGCAUACGUCUGGACUUUUGCGAUAGUGACGACGUGUGUAGCAAAGUGUGCGAGGCUGGAUCUGCUCUCAUCGAGCCGUGGGUGGCACGUGCGAUCACGUACCAGCGCAACCUGACUUACUCAGAGACGCUGUGCUACGCAGAACUCCCAGCAACACACAACAGUGUGAUCACUCAGGCUCAUGGCUACGGCAACCGCGACCAGCUCUUCAACGCGAGGCUUAACGCCUCGAAUGCCGCCUCGUAUAUGCGCACAAGCAACCAGUUUCUCAGUUUAAGUGACCAACUGGAUCUGGGCGUACGUUUCCUUGAGCUGGACGUGCACUUCUUUGCGUCGUCACUGCGUAGCGCUCAUUGCUCGGACUCUGGCGUCGCAUUCGUCGAUGACGCAGCAUCUGCACUAGUGUCCUCGUUGGAAUCUGUACUGGACGCCAGUGGACAAGACAGCACGGUACAGUGGGGAUCAGAGCUAGUGGGCUGCUUGCCGUCGCUCAGCGGCAUCCGCGCCGACGAGCAGCGCCUACACAAUGAGUCAUUGGGCGAGAUCGCCACGUGGUUGUCGAGCCAUCCGGAUGAUCUGGUGGUGCUCUACACUGAGAUUGGCGACGAGGUGGGCACGUACUCGCAGUCAGAGGCCCUACUUGAGCUGUACACGACCAUAUUUGGCGACCUGCUCUUCUCUCCUUCAGACUUUGACGAUGCUGGCGGCGAUUGGAACGGCUUUACGCUGCAAGAACUCAUCAGUCAAGGCAAGCAAGUCAUUUUGGUGACCACACCCGAGGCGAACGACCAAAUGUUCUACAUGCGCGAAUUGUGUGCUGGUUGGGCGGAUGUCCCGAGCAGCUCGACCGGCGCGUCGGGAACGUUUUUCGGUGAGUCGAUGAACGCUGGGUCGCUGGUUCGUGUUUUCAAGAGUGUAUUACACUAUGCCACGCUCACGGAAAGCGCGAUGAGUGGUGGUGGAGCUGAAGUGGACACGGCCAGCGAGCCUGGUCACGUGAAUGCUUCGACCUUACCCGUCUUUGUGGACGCCGGAGUGAAUAUCCUAGCCCCCGACGGACUGGACGGUGCGAUAAUGACCGCAAUGGUUUGGUCCUGGGCGAAGAAUGAGCCGGACGUGGAUACAGCGACGGCCGUGCAGCUCUCGGCUGCUGAUGGCCGGUGGUACGGCGUGGCCGACUCAUCAAGCAUCAGUCACGUGGCCUGCGUGAGCAACAACAACCGUACGACGUGGCAAGUUGUGGCUCAGGGCUCCAGUUGCCCCGAAGGCUAUGCUACCGGCGCACCUCGCUUGGCGGUGGAGAAUGCGGCACUAUUGACGGUGCUGCAGACCGAGACCGUCGACGCCCAGUUGGACGUGAAUCUCACAAACUUUCCGGCCAUAUCGGCUGCGGACCAGGCAGCAUACGACGCCGGUGAUACCAGCAGCAGCCAGUCGCGCAUUGGUGCGGAUGGCACGGAUCUGGGAGGCAGCACGGUCAGCGGGGUGGCCACAACGACGACGUGGUCCUUAAUGGCGAUAGCUGCGAUUGUAAUGACGCUGUGGAUUAACUAG